AAUUAAAAAUGAAGAUUUCCAAAAUUAUACUUCCAACUUUCACUCUUGCAGCUAUUCUAGAUGCAGCACCAAUCCUCACUAUAACAGUAACGGCACCAGUUGUUACCGUAUGGUCAACUGUUAUAGCUACAAAGACAAAUUAUCAUUUAUUCACAACUGUUCAUGCGCCUCCACCAGCACAAACAGAAUCAUCUGUUACUACAGCCACUACCUCCAGCUCUAUCCAAAAUGAUGAUCCAGAUACAUCGACGACUUCUAUAGAGGAUCCAACUACUUCUCCAUCCUCUAUCAUGCCCACUACUACAUCAUCAUCACAGGUUACAACAGCCACUACAACAACAACUUCUUCCACUUCACAAGAAGACUCUUCAACAUCAUCAGUUACACCAACUCCAUCCACUACCGAGGAAACAACUUCCAGUACAACUUCCAGUACAACUUCCAGUACAACUUCCAGUACAACUUCCAGUACAACUUCCAGUACAACCUCCAGUACAACCUCCAGUACAACUUCCAGUACAACCUCCAGUACAACCUCCAGUACAACCUCCAGUACAACUUCCAGUACAACCUCCAGUACAACUUCAAGUUCUACAUCUUCUAGUGAAACUGCUACUUCAACCCAAGACGACGACAGCGCUAUAACCAGCGACGUUGAAUUUGCCCAAGAUAUCCUCAGUGAACACAAUAGAGUGCGGGCACUCCACGGUGUAAACCCAUUACAAUGGAACAAUUCCCUUGCUCAAUUCGGACUUGAGUACGGGCAACGAGUAUUAGAUUGCAACAAUUUACAACUUGUCCAUUCUGGUGGUCCUUACGGAGAAAACUUGGCUGCUGGUUACGUAGGUGGUAAAGCACCCCUUGAUGCUUGGUAUGACGAAAUCAAGAAUUACGAUUACAGCAAUCCGGAAAUCAACGCAGAUACGGGACAUUUCACUCAAGUAGUAUGGAAGGACACUACCCAGGUCGGUUGUGCUAGAAUCAUGUGUAGUAAUGCGUGGAGACAAUAUACCAUCUGUGAAUACUCCAAGACUAGAGGAAAUCUCAUUGGAGUAACCAGUACAGGACAGACAUAUCUUGAAGUGAAUGUGUUGCCAUUGCUUAAUCCAUAAAUUACAAUAUUAGAUCUUUUUUUGUUAUAAAAGUAAUUAAAAGUGUAUAUUUUUC